AUGUUCUUUAAGCGUGCGUUAGUCGCGCUGUUUGCGGCCUGGACCAUCUCUGCUGCUGCAAACCCUGUCGCGGAUCCCCUUCCUGAAGACACCCAUCUCCCCAAUCUUCGUCUGUCCCCUCGCGAGGUUCAAGAUUUGAAGGAAAACCAAAAGUUUCCCCCAGGCUACGUUCAUAAGAUGGUGACCUUUGGGACUGGCAAAGACACCACUACCAUUCCCAUCGUUGAAGCCGACCCCGAUAUGCUUCUCGAUGGCGAAAAGGGAAUUAAAGCGCGUUCCUUGGCACCACGAGUUUCCCUACGCCUUCAUCCGGGUGCAUGA